AUUUUUAUUUACUUACAAAGAGGUGCAGCAAGCAUUUUGAGUUAUUUCAGUUCUUUUAAGAGAGCGGUUUCGCUCUACAGAUUUAGCAUCCAGAUUUCUUCGUAUUUCUAUGUACAGUGGAUAGUUUCCAGGUUGUAGUUGUUCGUUUGACAGUUUAUAGUGUGUACAGUUUCGUGUUGUGAGUUUCCCGCGCUUGACAUUAUCAAGCAGUAUGCCUCUCCGAGAUUCAGAAGGAAGGUUUUGUGGAACGCUUCAGCGUAAAGAAAGCGAUGGACAGUGGGACCGCUAUUACUUUGUACUGGACGAAGAAAAAUGUUUGCUUCGUUAUUUUUCCCCUUUGAACGAACAGGUCAGUAGGAAAUUGUCUUUGAUUUGUUUCUGUGUAAACGAUUAAUUCCCUCGAUCAAGAGAACCUAAUUAACACUCUGAUCAAUGAAAGACAUACUGUCUACAAACGCUUCCGUAUUCUUGAUCACUAUACACUAACUUUAAUUUUCCAUUGGUUGUUUCGCCAAAAAAUAUUUUCUGUUCAGGUACAGAAAUUUCUAGAAAGUUAUCUGAAAUGUUGACAUGUGAGAGCAGAUAUGUAUUUUGGAUAUAACAGGAAAUUGAUAGACUAUAGGUUUGAUUGGGAAUUAAACCAUCGGAACCCAAGUCACGAAUAUUGCUAACUCAAAGGGUCGCCAUCUGACACAAUACAGGUGUAAUUUUUUUAAAGUUAAAAGAAAACAAUAGACAGUGAGGAAAAGGUUAUGUUCAUCGCAGCUAUUUUUAGCUCUUCGUCGCGAACAGGUUACUGCAGUAACCGGCUUGUAAUGUACAGGAAAUAUUUUGCUUUUUGAUAGUAAAAUUAUUUUCAUCUGUGAAGUUGCUUAGUCUGAUUUGUUCUCUUAGAGGUGGGUACGCGGCGUUUCGAUCGCAUCUCAAUCUGAACGUGUGACUGGUUUGAGACAACAGUCAUUCAAACUGCUCUUGAUAUAUUUUUUCCUGAUCAAUGUACCAUUUUAACCAGCAGCUAUACUUAUAAAUUUGGACACGUUUCUUGGUGCAAGAACCUGUCUGGUUUGGUUGAAUCCUGAGGAAGAUGUUUUUCAGUUAACUUGGGCUUUUAGGCAGAAUGCUGUCACAAUUUUUGGAGAAAAUGAAAUAGUUCCUAGGAAUUAUAAAAAAGAAAUGCGAAAAAUUAAGCUUAUGUUACAGGUUCUAAAUUACAUCUUGUGGACUGUUUGUCAAGGUUACAUCAGGGCAUUGCCAUGAAAACUGAGUAAUCUGUCACAGUUAUGGACCACUUCACUGAGGAAGUUCAUCAACUUUAAUAAGAUUACUGACAGAUGUAAUACUAUUUGAAGAAAAAUAAUCAGUGGUUUCCUUUUUGGUUUUACAUAGAGUUGGUGAGGAAGUUUUUGUUACAUAACUCAGCUCCAUAUCUUCUUGAUCAUCAUUAUGUUUAAUUGCAACAGGUUAUAACAAAGCUGACUCAGGAAACAUAUGCUUUUGUACAUUACUGAUUGCAGUUACAGUGCAAAAAUCUCUCUCUCUCACUCACCAGUCACUCGAAGGAAGAAACUAUUUGUUUUGGUUUCUUUGUGGUAUAUACUAAUUAAAAACAAUUAUUCACCUCAUAUGCAAUGUAUUUUUUUCAGGCAACAAGAACUUUUUGUCAUCCCCCACUUUGGGCAUCUAAGUCAAUCUACCCCAACUUGCUUUUUUAUAUCAACUCAACUGUUUUUAGCAUAAGAUGGACUGCAACAGCAAAAUAAUUUCUGAAAAGUUACAGCAUUAAGAAACACAUCGGUCACUUGAAGAUUCCUAGAAUAACGCUUAAUAGCAAUCAUGAACAUAUAGCAUUCCAUUGAAAAAGGUUUCAUUAAAAUGUCACUAUGUAUUAGCCUAUCAAACUAGGGAAAAAAUAAUUUUCUGUAUUUCAGUCCAACCUUGUGAAUUUAUAUUUAAUGUUUUUUUUUCUCUUUUGUUGUUGUAGGAAAAAGUUAAAUUGGAUUGGGAGGAUUAUAAAGGGCAGAUAAACAUCAGGCUUAUUACCAAGGUUAGACUGAUUUAAAGUGAAAUGUUUCACAAUUAUUUAUAUAAGUUCAUAAUGUACAGGUAAAAUGUGUCUUUUGCACACACUUAUAAGCUAUUUCAGAAGUGAUUAGAAAGUAUCGUUCCCCUCUGAGCACCUGAAAAGAGAGACUGUAUGUCAAGAGUAAGAUUUCCUUUCAUUUUUUGGUCUAUAUUGACAGAAACUUUUGUUUUGGUUUCUGUGUGGUACUAUUAUAAUAAUAAUUUAAACCAUUUCACCUCAUAUGCAAUGUCGGUGAUAGUGAAUAUUUACCUUCUACUUUAGUGAAUAGUUGUGAAAUAUUUUCAUUUUAUCCUUGAAUCUUAUAUCCUUUUAAGCAAUAAAAAGCAAUUUCUGUUAAAGCGUUUUACAAAUUGUAAUUUGCAAAUAGAACAUUACCCCUGUAGGAAGUUGAAACAACAUGUUUGAAUCACAAGCUUUUCAGUCCUGAUUUGCUUGUUUUUUAAAAAAAUUCUCACCUGGCAGAACAGAUUUGAUCUGUAUUUAAUUGAUAAGCAAAAAGAUCCUCACUAUGUUUGAUGACUUUCAAUACAUUUGAUUUCGAAAAACAUAUCGUUCUAUUACAUUUUUAUAAGUUUAUAUGAGACCUAUGCAAGUUGUACAAUAUUGCUACAAUUGCUGUCACUAUACCAUGUAUUUAACCCUUUAACUCUCAGAUCAAAUUUGUAAUUCUCCUUACUUUCAACCAUACAAUUCUUAUAAUGUCAGUUCAGAGAAUUUUGUAUUGGAUCAACUAAUUAUCCCCAAAUUGAUAUUUUUCUUUAUUCUCAUCUCUUAUCUGGUUGAUAUUGUAUUGAUACUGUAAGGAGAAAUUCUGUCUUGGUCACUCAUGGGAGUUAAAGGGUUAAAAUUGUAAUGAUUAAAGUGUUGGUUAACAAGAGUUAACUUGUGAGUAGCUAUAAUUGAUUGUUUUUGUGUUUAAUGCUCUUAAAACAGAUUGAGGACAAGUCAAAAAAUGAAGGAUGUAUUGGUAAGUUAAGUGAAAACCAGGCAAAGUGUGAUGUUACUUAAUAUAUUAUUGUUAAUUAUCUCAAUGAUGUAAAUACUGAAAAUGGCUACAGUCCAAUUGCAGUAAUGAUUAAUUAUUAUUAAAUAAUAUUAGUUUACUAGGGCAUGUGGUAGAUGCACUGGACUUGGCUGGGUCAUUAAUUGUGUUGUGUUCUUGGACAAGACACUACGCUGACAGUGUCCCUCUCCACCCAGGAUUAUAAAUGGGUACUAGCCAAUUGUCAGGGUAGCCUGGUGAAAUGCUGGGGGGUUACCUUGCAAUGGAAUGGCUCCCCAUCCUAGGGGGGGUAGUGAUACUCUUGGUUGCUUCAUGCUAUGGAAACUGGAAUUACCUCAUGCUAAAUGGGCCACUUGGAAGAGUACAGACUUAACCUUUUUUAUAUGGGCAUAGGAGACAGUAGAUAGAAAAAUUAUCAGGCAGUUGAGGUAUCCAGUAAUUUGUUAAUUUUUUUCUCGCUAAGAUAUAAUUUUGAUACUUUGGUUCGUGUAAUUCAAAUUUUUUUGCAUGCUUGUCUUUGUUGUGGAGCUUAAUUUGAAGCAUUUAAGCCCUAUACCCUUUAUUCCCAAAAGAUAUUAAAAUAUAACUUCUCCCAAUAGUGUUCAUACAUAUCCAGCAAACAGGUAAUGAGAAUACUCAAUCUUAUCAGGUGGAAUUUUUUAUCUUGAUCUAACACCAAAUUCUGGUAAAUCAUUUAUAGGGAAAUGUGUAGCAGCUAGAGGGGAGAAUUAUUGAUCAGAUCUUGGGGAAUUUAAGGGUCAAAAUUUGCUCUUUAUACUUAUUGUCUUUCAAGGAUUCACAUUAUAAGCUGAAGAAGCAAAUAGAAUUGUGUUGUGCUAUUGUUAUUUUACUUUGACAGAGAUUCAAACUUGUAAUGAAAGAUAUUACGUACGAGCUGAUACCAAAGAAGGAGGAGAAGAAUGGAUACGAACACUGCGCAAAGCUGCUGUAAGUAUCAACCUGUUUGUAUCAUAAACAGGUUCAAUUUGGAAUAAUUGAUAAAUUUUGUAUUGAUUUCAUAUAAUAAUAGGUUAAAUUUACUUAAUAUUAUGCUAAAAGUUGCCAAUUGGAUUGAUCAACUUAAAUAAAGGCAACUUAAGGCCUGAAAUUGUGACCAGCUGGUCACCAAGGCAACUGAAAGUUGAUUAUAUGAGAUGGGUGGGAAAAGCAAAAUCAUGACCAUGUGGGACUUUUCAACAUAUGAAAACCUGCCUUUAGUUAACAAUUACAUUGCAAACUCUUGUUGUUUCUUUACACUGCACCUACAUUUCUCAAUGAAAAGUCUUAAGCCAGCACUUUCAUAUCUAGUAAAGCUUCAACAGCCACUUUUUUUUGCUGAUUCUAAUAAUUUGUCCUGGUCGUGAGGGUCUUUACACUCUCAGGAUCUCCUGAUUUACAAACUUUAUUUCACAAUGUCACUAUCUUUGAUUAACUGUGAAACCUCCCACCUUUGCCACAUUUCAAGGUACAUCCCACUAAGAGAAAGGAUGACUCCACUGCCAGGGAAGAGAAAUCAGCAAAUCAUCGCACAGUUGGGACUGACAAAGACAAUACAUCAGAAAAGACAGAACGUGUUGUGUAUGAAACAAAAAUUAUUGGAGGAGUGGCUGUGAAAACUCCUGUGAAAAAGGUGCAACUUCUACCUAAUACACUUUAAACAGUUCUUUUAAUGGUAAUUCUUAGCUGUGUAUAUGUUUUCAUAUGUGAGAAAGAAUUGACAAUGGAAAUAUUACACUUGAUAGUGUAAACUUCCUACUUACAGUGUAUUGUUUAUUGCUUUCAACUUCAAAGUUUAAAACUCCAUUCAAAGCAAAGCUGAUGAUUACAGUUAACGAUUCUCCCUAAUUAUCAUAAGAGAUACUUAAAAUCAGAGAGAAAAAUUAAAUUGCAAUCUACCAAUUACAACACAGGAAUAUAAGCUUUUGAACCUCUUAUAUGUUGUCCUUUUCCUCUAAGACUGGUGAGUUUGUGUUCAUUUGAUGGAUCUAAAACUGCACAAUAGUUCCUUGCUUGUUGGAAGAUAUUUAUUUGAGAGUCACUAGUAAGAUCUAUUACAUAGAGUUUGUGACACUUUCAGUUUGAUUUAAAGAGGGUGCAUGGCUACCUUAGUGCAGCACCCUCUGUGGAGCAAUAUUUUACACUUGAUGAUUUUAAGAGAAAUGCUCUUUCUUCUCAUGGAACUUAUUUUGGAUUCUAAUGAUAUGUAAUAAAUUCCUUCAACAGAGUGACUAGUGUCUAAUUUCUCCUAACAGUAUCAACCUGAAAUCACAUGUUAAGGUCAUAAGAAUAUUAGAAAUGAUCCCCAACUCAAAAAGCUCUUCAUUGUUAAACAAAUUCUCCUUGUCAGCACCUUAGAAAAUGUAAAGAGAACAGUAUGGAGAAUAUGCAUACUGAUAGUAGGGUGUAAUUAGGUAAGACAGAGCUCUAAUAAGAUUCUGGUAUCAUUUGUUUUGUUGUAUUAAGCUGCAUGGAAUGUUUGAUAUUCAGUUCCAUGAUGUAACAAUGUAUUUUUUUUUUAUGUGACAGAAUACUGAUGUAGACAGUGAGGGAGGAAGUUUGCCUAGUGAUUCUCUGAUACGUUCUGGUUCAGCUGGUAUGACGAGUACAAUAAAACCCAUUAAAGAAGGAUACUUGACAAAGAAGGGAGCAGUGGUAGGUGGUAUAAGACUUCAAGUUUUGGUUGCUGGCAUGUUUUUAUUUUUUUUUUCAGGACUGUUAAUUUGUCUUUUAAAAGUAUGUUUUGUUAAUAGUGUUAGACAAUUUUCCUGUUCCUCUUUUACAUGUUAUUUAUUAUCAGUUUACAUUUAAUUCACUAUUCCUAAUAAAUAUUAAGGUGAGUCAGGUGUAAAAUUGCAGUUUUUUUCAUCAUUUUGAUAAUAGCAUAUAGGGUUACAAACUUUUGCAUCCUUGUUGUUUUUCAGGUCAAGAGUUGGAAAAAGAGAUAUUUCAAGCUGGACACUUUUAGACUUGCAUAUUAUGAUAAAUAUAAUGUAAGCUGUCAGAUGAUUUUAAAAUGUGAAUUUAAGUUAACAUAUUUGGAGCUUUGCCCUUAAAUUGGCUUUAAUGGAAUGGUUCAUGAAUUUGUCAUAAAAUGUGGUGUUCUGAUUUGAUAUUAUUUCCUUGAAAUGAAAAGUUAGUCACCUACAAGUGAGCUGGAAAAAAAUUUUGGUAGGUUUUCAGCAAGAUUAAAGACAAGGAAAAUUGUUAAUGAUCUGCAAAAAUAUUGUGUAAUUUGAGGGAAGGUUACUAAAAACAGACACUAUACCCUAUAUCAACUUUUUAAAGUUAAAUUUAGAUUUUUUUUUCCAUUCAGGACAAAGAGCCUAUCAAAGUGAUUAAUUCAAAUGAGCUUCUUGCUGUGAAACCAAGUCAGAGGUAAGAAUAUGAUUUAAUGAGUAACGAUGGUGGGAAAUGCCUGUUUAUAUGUCAUUCCCAAUGAUGACUUAUGACAUUACAGGGGUGUUUAUGUGGCAGGCUGAUCAAUCCAAUAUGGACAAGGAGGCCUCUGCCAGACAUUGGCCAAACAUUAGCCGGACAUUUGCCACUUGUUAGCCACAUGUUGGCCACAGGUUGGCCACACAUUCAUUUGGCAACAUGUUAGCCACAUGUUGGCCAUGGGUGUACAAUGGUUGUCAUUGGUGAGAGGUGGUCCCUAGACUUUUGCAUGUGCUUUCUUCCCACAUCUUUCCUGUCAUUGUUAGUAUUUAUGACAUGUGUACUAAUGUUGAGUUAACUUAUGUUACAGUACAGAUAACAAUCGAGAGCAUCUGUUUGAGGUGGUAACAAACACUAGAACAUUCUUAAUCCAGGUAUGUUUAUAUAUGAUUGAUUUUUUCAUACUUAUAUUGAACAUAACUGGAGCAAUUUGGAUUCUUUUUAUCUUUUAAGCUGACUGGUACCAAAAGUUUUCUAUUUCAAGAGAAACUGUUUGGUACUAUUGCCCUUAAAAGCUGUUUCACAAAAAUUUUGCAAGCUUGAAGACUGCAAUGUAUCCUACCUAUUCUGACGCGGUGAAUUUUCUUAUACGGAAGGGAGGGUAAUUGUGAAGAACAGCUCCCCUCUACCAACUGUUAGCCAACUGUUGGCAAACUGUUGGUCAACUGUUGGCUAACCAUCAACCAUUAGCAAGGUUUAUCAGAGAUUUGUUUUUCACAAUUACUGAACAAUGACCACAGUCAAUGGUUUGACCCAUUAACUCAUAAAAAUGAUUCACAUGUAGUUUCUCCUUAUAAUAUCCAUACUCUAUCCAACAAACAGGUAAUGAGAAUACUCAAACUAAUCAGGUAGAAGUUGUUGUCUUGAUCUAACUUCAAAUCCCUGUUACUGGUACUAAUUUACAAGGAAAUCUGUAGCAGCUAGAGGGGGGGGGGGGAGGGGAGAAAUUAGCAAUCAGAUCUUGGGAGUUAAAGGGUUAAAUCCAGAGUAACUCUUGGUAAUAUACUGUGAUCAUGAGGGUCAGGGCAAUCGUGAAAAGAACUGUUAGUAGCAGUUAUGUAUUAACAAAGUUUUGCACUUGCCAACCUUGAUGGAAGUUGUCAUCUAGUACAUUUUCUUCAACCAAAAGUACUACAGAAGAACCUCAAUUUAAUGAACUUCUAUAUAAUGAAGUCCUCAGUAUAACAAAUGAUACUCUUCAGCCUGGCCAAAGUUAAAGUAAAUUUAUGGGACAGAAACUCGUUAACACUAAAGUAUUAAACCUGUGGCCCCCAAAUAUUUUUCUCACCUUCCUUAAAAAAAAUUUUUAAAUUUUUCACAAUUUUGCCUGUUCCUCAGUUCAUAAGUCCAGCCAAGCUUCUGUGGUCAUUGGCCCCUGUAAUAGCUGUUAACUACAGGCUUGUAGAGUUACUUGUAAAACUCCCUGAAGAAGUCUACCACAGUUAGAUGAAACAUGUUGGAGAAUAAAAAAGUUUUACAAGCACUGUUUGCAGAGUGCUGCUUACUAGUUUAAUUUUUUGAAAAAAAUUAAAAAGAAAUAAUUCUUCAUAUAGACAUUAAAGCACAAAUGUAUCUACAGCAAUAGUUCUGAUCCCAAAAUGCUAAGUAGUGUAAUGUCACACCACAAAAAAAAAGAAAAGAAAAAUGAAAGCAGCUAUUAACUAUACCUUGAUAUAAAUGAACCAAUUCCCCUAGUCCCUUGGUACUUUGUCAAAUUGAGGUUCCACUGUAGCAUGUUUUCUUGGAAAAUCAAAGUCUGGAUUUGUUAAUUAAAAAAAAAGAAAAAAAAACUACAACAAAAACAACUUUUGUGGUUCUUUGACACACCUCUUAACACCCAAAAAUUGACAGUGAUAUGUUAUCUUGCAGGGGAGAUCUGAAGAAGAAAUGCAUUCAUGGAUUGAUGCUAUUGCUAGUGCACUGCUAAGAGGGAGGUCAUCAAGUGAACCAGUAUGUUAAUUAAUUUUUUUAGUGAUUCCAAAUUUUGCAAUAUGAGGGUCCUUAUUUUGCACAUAUCUCUCUCAGUGCCAAGAUCACUUUGUACAAACAUAAAUUACAGCAUGUUUAUUGAAUUACCUUAAAAAUUAAACAAAUUUUCCUGAAUUAAAUUGACUAGAGUGAAUAACCUUUUUUCUCCCAUUGUUAACAUGGAUAAAAUACUUAAAAAGUUUGGCUACAAAACGAUUGAGCCUAGCUGGGUAGAAAAGACUGGGUACAAAACGACCAAGGAUACAAAACUACUCAUAAGUAGCACCAAACCUGCUUGUUUUGAGGCACGGAGAUUAUGCAAGAGGUCUCUGAGGGGUCUGCAAUAUGACCCUCAAACAUGAUACACAUAUUCCUCAUGCUACAGAUCUCUCAAAUUAACCCCUCACACACUAACUUUGUCCUCUUGAUCAAAUCUGGUAGACUUUGCCUCUCAUGCCACAGUGCCAAACAGAACCUGCUAGAUGACAAGAAUGAAAGUGUUUCCGAUAACUUUGAGAUCUAAUUCCUUUUUUGUAGGAUGCUAAAAAGAGUCAAGAGAUAUUUAGAAAAAGUGUAAAUUAUCCAUAUGCAGAGACGACAACCCUUUAGCAACAGAGAACAGUGAACAAGAGCAUUGCUGAACGAGGACACCUAUUCAAGAUAAAGAUUUGAUAUCAAUGAUGAAUACUGCCUGUGAACAACUUUAACUGCAGAAAAUUGUCAAAAUUGCAAAAAAAUGUUUGCUUUCCCCUCAAUGACAAUUGAUGGGAAAUGCAGAGGAGUUGUAAGGAAGCUAAAAUUGAGAAAAUCAUCAAAAAUUACAAUAUUUUCUUAUUUUCAGCCAUUUUUUGCAAUUAGUGUGGAACGAAUUGCCUGGUAAAAGGCUUUUGAAGCAGUGAGUCUAGGAGGAAACCAUUUGACAAAAAAAAUUGUGAAAAUUACAAAAAUUGCUUGACCUUGUUAUAGUUACACAAUUUUUUCAAUUUUGUAUAUUUUUCAGUCCUGGACAUAAUGAGGAAUAGGGGGGUGGAGAGGGGCAUUCACUGGCCGUGGUACAUUUGUCCUUCUUUUCUCACAAAAAGUGAUAACUUAAAAUAUUCUCAAAACAAAUGGUUUGUCUCUGUUUUCCUGUAAAUAUAUGGGAAUUGCAAAGACCUGAGGUUAUCAUAUUGUGUAACGAUGGUGUGAAUUAACUGGUCCUUGUCAAAUUUAUAAAAGAUUUAUGGUGGUAUGCCACAUUAAUCUUUCCAGUUGGGACCUACCUAUGUGUUAUUGAUAGGUUAUUAACAUUUGAAAGUCAGUAAAACUAACAGAGGUUGUUUAAUAAUGGGAGUUGAACUGAAUGAAGUGCAGUUUGGUUUGGUCUGAAGUCUUACUUUUGAUUUAUAAUCCACAAGAGGUAAGUAUGAUUUUAGAUCAUAAUUGUACAACAUCAAGUUCAAUUACCACAGUGCCUUUGUUGCAUCCAUUUUGAAAUGUAAAAACUCAAUUUCCCAAAUGCAGGAUUUUAGUCAGUACAAAUGUUUCAUUGCUGUUUCUCAAAAACUGUAAGAAAUUAAAUUCAGUGGUUGAUUUGGAAAAAGAAAGGAGUUUUGUGAACAAAAGUUGCAAAUUCUUCAACUAAUGCUUUGUCUGUCACAGUCCUGCAAUUUGAGUAGUAUAACUUUUAAAAAGCCUUGAAAUCUGAUUGCUUGUCUUGUUUGAGUGCCUUUUCAUUGGUUUGGAAGGAGGUGUGAUUUGGAGCAAAAAAAAUGCGACUUGUGAAUAAAUUGUACUGCUGAGAGCCAGUCAGAUUUUAGGGAUCACCAGUAAUUUCAAAAUGGAAGUAAUAAAGUUAAAAUUUCUAUAAAUAUCUUAACAUAACAAUUAGAGGAGUGAUUUUUAUAACCUGAAUGGUGACUAGCAAGAGGCGAAGCCCUUAGCUUGCAAGUUCAAAAGUUAUGCCACUUAAACUUUUAUGCAUUUCAUUUUGGGAGAUUUUUAGAAAUUUACUCAGUAUUUAUUGAGGGAAAACCUUGUAGUUGGGGUGCACAAGCUUAUCAUAGUAUGAGAGUUUGCAUUUAUUUAGAAUAUUAAAGUAGAGGUUUGUUAAGUUUAGAUAAACUAGAAAAAUUUCAUUAUAUUUUUGUAAAAACCGUUUUUUGCAUAUAUUCAUAUACAAGAACAUAUUGAGAGAUUCAUUUAUAGUAAUGUAAGUAAAGAGAUUUUUCCAACAAUUAUGAGCGCAGUAAUUUUUUUAGGAAUAAUUUUUGAAAGUGCUGUAAGUUAUUUUUUUAAGUGCUGAAUGUAACUAAGUUAAAAGUGUCUCAUUAAAUAUAACAACUUGGUGGUGGUUUAAG